AUGCUGGAGCCCGCUUCUGCCGAUGGACCCUCUUCUUCAGGACCUCCAGCUUUUUUCAGCUCUGCGUCGGACAAGCGUCGGACAGUUGCAUUUUGCAUUCCCUGCGGGACACACGGAAGCCUCAAGGGCGAGAGCUACAAGUUCAAAGAGCCGCAGACCAAGGUAACGGAUGGACAUCGUUUUUGGCACAUGCGUUGGUUUGUGGACUUCCUCGGAGGACACGAGUCUCGAAAUUUCCUCGCAGGCAGUGUGUCGACGUUCAGGAACAAGCUCUUCACGAUUGCAUGGCCCUGCUGGACAGACACGGAGGACGCUCUGAAAAAAGAGAUCGAGUCGCACUUUCUCCAGAGUUCGUUCUCCCUCCUCAAGCAGCAGGAGCACGCUGCAAACGCCGAGAAGAAGGGCACCAAACGAAAGGCAUCCUCGCAGCAGAUGCAGGACGACAUGGAGGACGACAACGAGCAAGCGGACAAUGAGGAGCACACGGGUGACCAGAUGGAAGAGGUAGCAGCUGGACGAAGCACACGUUGUACAGAGUUUGCCACGUCGAGCUUUGCAACGAUUGUUCUUUUGCAUCAAUGGCACCAGGGUAUGCGCAAAGAUGCCAAAUGGAAGAAGCCGGCAGAGGAGGUAUCCAAGCUGGCCGGGGAGUUGCUUCAAGGCCUCGCUUCCUUGUUCCUGCAGACCCCGCAGGACUUCUCAUUCACGUGGGACGGAAACACUCUGGUGCUGCCGUUCAAAGGAGGUUCGCUGGACGUGGACGAGGUUGUACUGCAAAACAGUUUACUUGCUAAAGUACUACACCGCGAUCGUUCCCGAUUCAUGGACGUGCUGCAGGAUGUGAAUGUGGACUGCACCCGUCGGACAAUUGGAGACACUCGCAAGUCAUCUAGUUUGAGGACGAAGUACUACUUGUUGGCGGCUUUGGCACGUGCCAUGGAUUCGUCGGACGACACGCAUUCCUGCUGGACAUCUUUGAAUGUGAAGCAAGUGAUGAGCACCUCCGGAUAUCGUCGGUCGUCCACGAGUUUUCGACAAGAGGUUGCGAGUUCAUCGAAUGCCACACGCAGGACACUUACCUCCACAUUGCAAGGACAUGCGUUCACCGUGCAGGACAGCAGCGAACAGCAGGACGAACAAAAGAUCAAGAAGCACGCUUCUAUGGACGCACACAGGCUAGCACGCAUGGAGCGAUACGCCUAUGUCACGCAGGGCAAGUCAGAUUUCCUCUCGACGGACAUUUUGUGCGUGGUGGUCCAGAAAUCGUCCGUCUUGUCGGCUGAGCAGUGGAAAGCUAUGUGGAACAAGGCUUCCAAGAAGUUCCUCGGGAUCGAGAAACCCGUUGGACCUGGUCAUGCGGAGGACCGGCUGGCCACACUGUCUUGGAUGCAGGACAUAAACCACGGCUUGCGACCCAUUGGCUGGACUUUUGGCUGCUGCCAGAGCACGCCGGCCGGCCCCGCGGAGGACGACACGAAGGCUAAACGUGCACCGAUCAUGAUUUUGUGCACCGACCAAGAAGCAACACAGCUGGCGGCUGUCUCCUUCUUGAGGAACAAAAAGAGCCUCUGGAUCGAACACGUCUCGGACCCCGCCCACAGGUCGCACAACGACGUGGCUUUGGCCUUGUCGGCCGCUGGACUCCUGAAGUUCUGCACAUGGUGCAUCUCGCUGUACAACAUCAGGUAUGGACCCUGGCAGAAGGGCUCGUGGGCGUUGAAGAUCCAGCAAGCCGCAAAUCGCAUGAAGGACAACAUGGACCCCUCGGACCCGAUAUUGCUCCUUUUCUUCCCGGACAUUCUGCUGGACGCCGGCCUCUCCCCCCUGGACGACAACACGGAGGAGAAACGCAGGUCGUUUUUGCAGACAUUACCCGACAUGGACUGCAUCCGCAUCAAGGGCACGAAGGCCAGCAAGAGUCGGUUCAAUUCCCUGACGACGGCCCACAGCGCGCUGGACAAAGAGUGGUCGGUCUUGGCUUUAGUUCUCACGGUGGUCUGCUUGGAGCACAACUGGGCAGUUUCCACUAAGGACCUCUUCUCGCAGGACAGCAACCAGGCCCGUGCCUCGGUUCCAUAUGGUGGAAGCAAGUCUUCUGCCAUACAGGAGGCCAAGCAAGGCAUGGACCAGGAGCGGAAGGGCAGCGCGAACAGUCUACACUUAAUGACGAAGUUCGUGAUCUCGCAGGACAACAAGACGACAGCCAGGAUGAUGUUCCAGGUCUUGCAACCCGAAGAGCUUCGUUGUUCGCUCAUGCUCAAGCAGCUGCGUUCCAAAGGCAUGACGAAGGACUACUACUCUGGCUGGGCACACUGGUCUUGGAUGAGCACUGCAAAGGACCACGUCAGGACUUUGUCGAAUUUGGAAGGUUUAUCUCGUGUCGGCCUCGACCUGACACUGGCACGCGCACAACCCCCGGAGGAGACAGAGCUUGUCUGGCAGGACUCGCUCGCAGGCCAAAUGACGCAGUUGACACUACAGAUCCUGCGGCUGCGGGCCGGGGCACAGCUGUACCAUACUGGAGGUUUCGGUGCGACCGCAGGACUAGUCCAUGCUGAAGAGCAGACACGCACAGUGGUGGUUCUCGUAUGGCAAAAAUUGCUCGAAGGUCAUUUCUCCCAAGGGCCGAUUAGUCGGUACAUCCUCGCCGAUCUUUGCACUACCCGGUUUCAGAGCCUUACGGAGGACGUUGCACACGUAUUGACCAGCAUUUGGUCGGGCCUCUUGAACACGAAGAUCAUCGAAGACUGUAAUAAAGUCCAGCGCGAGGCCGAGCAACGACAUUCGUCUUCGAAGGACUUGGGUCGUUUGGACGGAUGGAAGGCUGUGACCCAACAGGCCGUGGUCAAGAUGUACGAGAGGGUGGAGGCACUGUCAACGGAGCUCUACCACACGCCGGCAGCGUUUGACGUGGCCAAACUUUUCUGCAAAGACACCGAGAAGAAGAAGAUUCAAGCAGUUCGUCGUCGUUCCGAUUCGUCGGUCAGCACGCAGGUCAGUGCCUCGGAGGUGCAGGAAGCACAGCUUCUUGCAGACGUGACGAAGACGAGGGACUGGGUCUCCCACAACCACGCCGAGGAACAGGAGGUUUUGGCUGCCUUCAGUUUACUGAUGAAGGCGUGGAGGGCCAAGCGAUGGUCGCUUUGUGAAGAAGGUUGGUGCUCUGGACUUUUGCCCGAAGGACAUGUUGUACUGGCAGGUGCAGACCCGUUGUUCAUCGUUCGGACAUACCGUUUGGCUGCACUCGCAUGGCCCGGCAAGAUCGUUAAGGACAAGGACCAUGAGUUUUUCGAAUUCAACAUGGGCGUUCGGUCUCUCUUUUGGAUGCACAGCACAUCUUUGGACUUGGAAGUGUUGCGGCUGCGAGUUGUUUCACCUCUGCGUCGUUCCACGCAGGGCAGCCACCUCAACAACGGCAUCGUGUUUUUGGUGGACAAGAAGAUGGGCACGUUGGACUUUCACGCCGAGCAGGGUGUGGACGCAGGACAUCAGCUGGCUGUUGCCGCCAUGCUCAACAUGGACAACUCGUUGGUCGAAGAGGACGUGGUUCAACGAAUCCUGGCAAGGCAUCAGACUGACAAGUGGAUGCCGGAGGUCGACGACAAGGACUUGGAAGCCGUCGUUCGGGACACGCUGCUCAUUGGCGAGCAGGACAAGGUAUGCACGAUGUACAAGAACGCCGUCUCGGACCUGGACAAGGACUUUUGGAAGGCCGGACAGGACACACGCCGACGCAAGACUCAGAAGGCCGAGAAGGACAGCAAAAAGCUAAAGCAGCAGUACGACCGGGUGUACGCAAAGCUGAAUGCCACGACGGACGAGCUUGUGAAGAGCAUGGUUCCUGAUACUGUACAGGUUUGGACGGACCCAAAGAAUGGUUGGUCAUGGGUGGAGCACCACGAAGGACGUGAUCCACCCGAAAACUUGCAGGAGCGAUUGACAAGGCACAACCGAAAGGACCUCCGUGACGAGUACACACGCAAGGCCAGGCAGGGCUACCAGGAGAAUCGGGUCCAACGCGAAGAAUUUCGACAGGCCAAACACACGGAAGUUCCCCCCGCUUCGUUCAUGGACAGAGAACUGCCGGACGUCGCAGAGUCGCAGGACUUCGACGGUCGUGGCAUUUUUCGCUACACGGCCGAGGACCCACUGGUGCAGGAGAAACAUAUGGGUCGCGGCACGUACGGGGAGAUUUUCGCUUGCACGUACCAGGGCCUGAAGUUAGCCUUGAAAGUGGCCGUUCGCACGCCGGACAGGGAGACUGCACUGUUGGACGUGCACCAAGACGGUCUCGAAAAGACGUGGGACUUGACCCGUGAGUUCACUCUUUUGAGCCAGAUAGGACCUCAUCCGAAUGUUCUGCGACUCUAUGCCUUGCUGACAUCCUCGACUGGGCACACGGGAAUUCUAAUGGAGCGGGCUUCCUGCGACCUCUUGAAGGCCACACGGGACUUGAAGACGGACGACCUUCAGGACGGAGUUCCCUGGAGCACACGACGAGCCCAAGUAACGACGUACUUUCGGCAGACACUCGCAGCUCUUACAUUUGUGCACAGCAAAAACAUCGUACAUUUGGACGUGAAAACGAACAACUUCCUCGUGUUUCUCCUCGGCGAGCGGGUGGUGCUGUCCGACUUUGGUUUUUGCCGAGCUUUGCCACUCAAUGGAAAAGCAAAAGUCAGAGCUGACGAAGUCUACACGACGUACUACCGGCCGAUCGAGUGCCUUUACUCCGGGGACGGCAAGGUGGAGAUCGGCCCGAAGGCGGACAUGUGGGCACUCGGUGUGGUGACGUGGGAUUGCUACGCGAAGACGACACGCUCGCUGUUCACUCCCGACCCGAAGGGCUUCGUCAAGCACACGCCGACCAUCUCACAAGCGCUCGUUCGUUUCCAGACUGCAUGGCGCGAGAGAGCACGCGACCUGCACUUGCUGGACGACGACAUCGCUGCACACGUUUUCGGUUCAUGCUUCACAUUGGAGCAGGACAGGCGCAGCUCACUCGAUUUGUUGAAGGAUUUGCAGGGCCGUUUCACGAGGACAAUUCAGUCGCUGGACGAAGAAGAGGAGCCGUAG